GAACAGGGGGUUGGACUAGAUGACCUCCUGAGGUCCCUUCCAAUCCUAAUCUUCCAUGAUUCUAUGAUUUGUGAUGUCAGAACUGUAUUAAUGUAAUUACAGAGAUCUCAACUCCUUGAUGCAAAAGGUAAAACAUACGAGAAUGUUCCGCUAAUGGGAUCUGGAUUAAAGUGACUGGACAUUCUGACUACGGUUGGACAAACCACCUGGAACAUGGCUACGCUGAAGAUCAGUUGUUUACUCAAGGAAGAUCAGUUGUUUACUCAAGGACUUUCAGAAGCUCACUCAUCUUGAAAUUGACCUGGAAAUCUCCUGAGUACUUUUUGGUUUCUCUUGGCCAGGAUGAACCAGUAAUUACAGUGCAGACAGUGGUGCCUUUUCCCAGAUUUGCUUCAUAAGUUCUUGGUGGCCUUGCUUUGUGUGAAAUCAGACUGAACGAAGGACUUGUCUACACGGGGACACUUCAGAGAGUGAAUCCAAAUAAACAGAAGGUGUGAAUUCACCUAGUUACUAGUAAUUAGUAACUAAUCUGCUUUGAAUUCACCCCUUCAGUUAAUUUGGAUUAAUGUUCCUAAAGCCACUUUAAUGCCAAAUGAGAGUGUCCAGACAGGGGUUUGAGGUUUAAUUAAUCCACUUUGAAAAUUAAUCUGAAUUAACUUUUACUGGGUGUCCCCAUCUAGACAAGACUGAAGGGUCUUCUUAAGAACCAGACGUGCUUUGCUCUAUGCAGAGAUGGUGAGGCUGCAGGCCAAAGCGCUGUGUCCUUGGAACUUAAUGACGAACCACCAGAGAGACACACACACACACACACAGAUUCUCAUCUCAGAGACUCCUAUGCAAACCCAGAGCCAGCCCUUUUUGACUUCAGUGCAGUUGCCCCAGAUUACAUUGGCAUAAGCCCCAGCAAACUCCAGCCCAGAGGGAGGUCUCAGUUUACCUGUGCUCUGGAGGAAUGAAGAUGAAGCUGUGUCACGGCUGCUCUGGUUGUGCAUGGACAUCAGGUGGGGGAAAGAGCCAUUUGCCUGCUUCAUCCAUGUAGAGUCGAAGCGUGAGGCGCUGGGACGCCCUUCUCUGAGUCCGUCAUAAUGUUCUUGGAGCGUGUUGGAGAGAAGCGUGUAUGAUGCAGUUGCAUGGGGUCCUGCAUUGCUAGCUGUGUCACGUGCUCGGAUCCCACGGUGACAAGACCCUUACGCUGUAAGAUCUAUGGGGCAGGGGCUGCCUGUUUGUUCUGUGUUUGUACAGCACCGAGCACAUGACUGGCACUACUAGGCGCUACUGCCAUACUCCUCCUCUUACUAACCUGAAUAGAAAGGUUAGGCUGAAACGCCGGUCGCUAGUGUCUGUAAAGCUACCCGAGUACAUUCCCGCUGUGUGGGGUUGCUGGCUGAUUUCCUGAAGCGAGGGUGCUCAGGUUACCUCUACAAAGGCUUUUCAUUCCCCGGAGCCCUGGCUUGUUACAGAGGGGGAAAUUAGCUGCCUUUCUGCAGCGCAGCCUCUGCAAAUAGUUGACUCUUUCAUCUCUCUUCCUUCUGUUCUCGCUGAAGCACUCCGUCCCUUUGAUGGCGACCCCCGGGGGCUCGUCCCCUCCUGCCAGCAUUCCGAUUCCUGGUGCGAAUCCCACCGCAAGCCUUGAAACAAGCAGCUUAUCCUCGCCUGAAAGAGACACUUGCUUCCCUUUGUCUAUUUCUGGGCCUCUGAGUUGCUGACAGUUUAUUAGUUCCUGUUCUGGAAAAAGUAUUUUGAGAUCGUCUCUUUGCAAACAUUCACGUGGCCCGCAGCCAUGCCCCCUUGUGCUGUAACCGGGCCAGCUCUUCCCAGCUAAAAGCGGCCGGACAAGGCCUAGAAGCAGCACGAGAGACCUCCACGGAACAGGACGGCGACACAGGAAGCAGUUCUGGGGAUCCAGCAGGUGGCGCUCUUCCUCUGCAUCAAUACCGUGCUCGGCAGCUGCUUUCAGAGGAAACGUGAAUCCGAGGCCAAGAGUUUCAAUGUUCUGACUUGCUCUAAGAUGAAGGUAUGGAAGUUUGCAGCCAUUGCCUCGAUGCUCCUCAGUUCCAUGUUGUCCAUUUUAGUUUGUAGAGACAUGCUCAACGGAAGCCGGAAAUACAGCCCCUUCCCUUCCUCGCCGUCAAGGUCAGCCUCCUCUUCUGCCUUGCCUGUAGGUCAGCGGAGAACCCCGCGAUCGCUGGAGCACCGUGACCCGCUGAUCUCUCAAUACAGUACCUUGUUUGAAAGCUACACGGAGGGGGAAAUCCGACAGCUGAUCUCCACGCUGGUCGAGAGGUACAGCCAGUCCAUGAACUCCGGGGCGCACGAGCUGCCGCUCUUCCCCAAGCCUGGGAACCGCAUGAAGCGAGCCCGGGCCCGUCACAAACCCUGCGCCCUGAAGGAGCUGGAGGUGAGCGUCAGCGAGCUGGGCCUGGGCUAUGAGUCAGACGAGACCGUGCUGUUCCGCUACUGCAGCGGCACGUGCGAGACGGCCGUCAGGAACUACGACCUCUCCCUGAAGAACAUGAGGCUGAAGAAGAAGAUCAAAAAGGAGAAGGUCAGAGCCCGGCCUUGCUGCAGGCCUCUCGCGUACGACGACGACGUCUCCUUCCUGGACACUUACAACCGCUACUACACCGUCAACGAGCUGUCGGCCAAGGAAUGUGGCUGCGUGUGAAGCGGGGAAAGGGAACCUGGGAAGGUUGAUGUCGGUAAGGCAGCACCUCAAAAGCCAAGAGCCCGAGGGCCUAAAGGGAUAUUGCUGCGCUCCGAGAGUGAAAGGAACUAAGAGGGGACCCAGGCUCAGAGAGUCAAGAAGGCAACUGUUUCCAAGUCUACCUCAGUUCUGUGGUUGGACUCGAGGGGCAACAGGGAAACUCUUGUUGCCGGGUUGUGCUUUGAGAGAAAUCGAGGAGCCUUUCGACACUUCGACAGGUGCCUCCACGCUCCCCCCACCGGCCCGGUGCCCCGGAGCGUUGGGAUGCUCUAAGGAGGAGGAGCUGGGGAAUGGAGAGGAAGGAGGAAACACCUGCUGAUUUCCUCAGGGAUGCCGGCAUCCGUCACGCCAGCCUGGCAUCCACAUGCGCUUUUAUUGUAUUGCUCGCACGAAGGGAUUGAGCAGGAAAGCGUUGCUGGCCACGUAUUUCAAAUCCAAACGGUGCCACUCGUCCUUGUCUUUGGAUGCAGUUGGACGGCCAGCUCCGGAACUGCGAUCCAAUCGGAAUGGAGGAGUCUGAUUGGCAUCCACAUUCCUAGUCCUACGAAAACUGAGGCCUCUUCUCAGAGGCUCCCCUCCGAGACGGAUUGCGGCCUAAAGAGAAUUGCACCAGGACAUGGAGUUCACAUGGAUGGAACCUUGUUGGGUGCGGAUAAAUGACUGAACGGUCAAGAAAUAUUCUUUAUAUCCUAAGAUCAUAUCUUACCCUUAUUUUAUUGUAGACAUGCAGUAUAUCCAUGCUCUGUAAAUAUACAGGAAUAUAUAGAGAGAUAUAGAUAUAAAUAUUGGUGGCAAUCGCAGACAUACAGAAUACGAUCAUUCCUUCACAGCUGUUACGCCAACGUUCUAGUGAGGUCAAUGAACAAUUAUUGGAUGCUUCCCUCCUCCCACCCCCAGCCAUUCCAUUGAUUUGGGCCAGGAGAGUGAUCUUAACACACCUGUCCAGUUGGUGGUUUUAACCAGAGAGAGAGCGAGGAAGAGGAUUGGUGUGGGGUGUGGGGGUGAUGAGAAUUUCAAAGCUGCCUUAAUUUUAAUGGGAACUGGGUGUUCUGAUCUCCUAGGCAGCCUUGAAAAUCUCAAUGUUACGCAUCAGUCAUAUUUACAUUCAGGUAGUUGGGAAAUGUGAUCGUUGAGAAGGAAUUUCCCAUGUUUCUACUGCUUUGAGCACCUCCUUUGCUUUCCAUCAGGUAGGCUUCUAUCCUGCUGAAAUGAACCAUCAUGCCUCUCCUUGGACUAUUUUUGCAGGGACACUGCUGUAAUAGAGUUACUGGCGCCUAUACUCCUGCAGGGUCUACAGACUUCAUCAGACACCGAGGGAAGGUCUACACUACAAACUUCUGGUGAAGACUCUCUACGCUGACAGCAGAGAGCUCUCCCGUCGGCUUAAUAAUUCCACCUCCGUGAGAGGCGGUAGCGAUGUCUGUCUACAUGGGGGGUUGUCAGUAUAACUACGUUGCUCAGGACUGUGGAUUUUUCACAUCCCUGAGUGAUGAAGUUAUACUGAAGUAAGCGUGUAGCGUAGACCUGGCCUAAGACUUGGGUUUGCAAAGGAGUCUAAGGCCUUGUCUACACUUCAAGGGCAUGUCGCUUUGACUAUACCAGUGUAAUUAAAACUGUCCAACUUCCCUAGUGUGGACACACUUAUACUGGUAUAAAGGUGCUUAUAUUAGUAUAGGGAAGGAGAAUAAACUAUAAAGCAACUUUUAUACUAGUAUAACUGUGUCCACACUAGGAGCUGUACUGGUAUAACUAUACUGGUCAAAAAUCACACUCCUAACCCAAAUAGUUAUACCAAUACAAAAUCUGUCUGUAGGCCACGCCUAAGGGAGUUAGGCACCCAAAUACCAUUGAGUUUUGUGCAGUGGGGAUGAUUAGCGAGUAAGGCUGAGAGUGUUGACGCUGCCUUGGGGCUUCCCGUUCAUUUUGAUUGGGAUUUGGGCAUCAAACGCCUUUGAAAAUACCAGUCUCGGGCUCCGCUUUCCCAAAGACCGGGGUGGCUGUUGAGCCCAGACUUCCACUUGGCUGUACAAAAAAUUGGGGGGGAGGGGGGCUGCUCCAGCCUGGUCCAUCCUUUAAAAGGAAAAGGAGUUCCCUGGCAUUCAUACACAACUUUACCUCAAAUGCGGCUUUUUAAUGGACAAACGUUUGGUGUUUCCACCCCCCUUAGGGCCUGAUCCAAUUCCUGCUGAGAUCAGCAGAAAGCCUCCCGUCUCACAAGAGCUGGUGUAGGCCUUCAGAUCCAUUCUAAUCACCUCGUUUGCCCACUCAUUGGAACCAUCUCUUUCCCAUCUUCCUUCUCAUCAGCUUUUUGUCUUAAGGCUCAUGCCAACCUACAGUAACUGGAUCAACUCUCCAUUUCCUCCACCGUUGCUGGGGUCGGCUCACAUGACCAGGUUGUCCUCAGUGCACCUUGUAAAAUGGUUUAGAAACACUCUGGAGUAUGAGAGAUGGGUGUUUCCAUAGGAUGGCGUUUUAGUCUGAGGGCGAGGGAUGCAUUGGGUUGUGAUACAGUGGAAGACCAGAGCGAUACAUUUAGGAUACCUAUGAGCAAUAACAUCCUAGCUGGAGCUGUAAUAGAAGUUCAAUGGCAGAUCAGAAAGGCCGGAUCCCAAUGCAGAAGCAGUCGAAAUCAACAGGUCCAUCGGGAGCUGCGUGUAGGGUUGCCAACUUUGUAAUAUUUAAAAAGCAGACACUCCAGCAGGAGUGCCGGCAGCUCCCCUGCCCCGCCUGUUCCCCCCGAGGCCCCACCCCUGCCCCACCUCUUCCCCUUCCCCCCUGUUGCUUGCUGCUUUUCCCCUCCAACCCCCCCACCCAUGUCAGGAGGGACUCACCUGCAGAGCCAGGGCUAGGAGGUACAGCUGACCAACACAGGUAGGAGGUGGUCCCAGCUGAGGAGGAGCUGGAGUGGGUGAUGACUCAACGUGUCCCCGCCUCCCCCGCUCCCAGGAACUGGACUUUGAGUGUCCAGUCAAUAGAUCUGACCGAACACUCUCAGGUCCCCUUUUCGACCGGUCGAAAACCAGGCACCUGGCCACCCUAGAGCUUGCACCUCAGCAGAUAAGAUGGGGCUGAAAUCCAUAGGCAUCUUAAGAACCCAACUUACAGCGGCCUUUGAAUGCAACAGGAAACACUCGGCACAAUCACCUGAGCCUGAACCCUAGAAGGACUUGGAUUUAGGACUUCCCACCCAGUUGGCCGCAUGUACGAGAGUGUGGUGAGCUGUGUGGGCGGGUCUGCUGCUUAGUUCCUUGUCUCCAAAGAGCCCAGGCCCCGUUCUUCCCACGGCACGUACACAAGUGAUUCCCAUUGGCUUCAAUAGGGUAGAGUAGCUUGUAUCAUGGGUGAGAGAAGAACCAGGCCCUUUCUGUCUAUGGUUAGCGUUUACAGCCAGGUCAGUGUUGUUUACUAUGUGGGGAAAUAAAUGAGACUACAGACUUUUGCAGUCUCUGAACAGGCUAUAUUUGUCGCGUGGAGUAGCUGGUUUUCUCCUCUUGGCUCCUUUCCCAGCUAAUGCAAAAGAUAAACAGAAGGAGAACAUUGGUGUCAUGUACUGGGCAUUCACCAAGACAAUGAAAAGCCAACAGGCCUGGAAUUCUUUGAUUGUUAUUGACUUCCCUGUCUUUUGCCCAGCUGCGGGUCAGGCUUUGAUCCCAGAUACAACCGCUAUAAAUCGGAAGACACUCCACAUUAAAGUAGCGGAGAUCGGAAUCUGUCCCUCUUGUUUCUUUUUCACAGCAGUCAGGGAAAAUGUGUUUCGUCCUUCCUGUUCGCCUAGAUAAUUAGCAUCUACGGCUGGGAUUUGCAAAUGAGACAAGGGGAGUUAGGCACGCAACUCCAAAAAAAUGUCAAGGGGGAGUUGGGAGCCUGCCGUUGAAAAUCCCAGCCUGUAAUGUGAAUGGGAACCCAAAUACUUCUUGUGUGUAUCUCCUGCAAAACAUGAAAAAUGUAACAUGGAGAGUGAAGAACAUAGAUUACUGACCCCUGCCAAAGGUCAGGCUUUUUUGCAUUGGAUCCAACAGCUGCUCUUAGCUGAAUGGAGCCAAGAUGUAUCAAAGCAAUAUAAACAUCGUCAUUCAGCAGGCUUUGACUCACUUGCACCCUGCUUCCAUAUAAAAGCCGGCUGCUGGGCUCUGGAAUCCUAAUCUUUACCCUCACCUUUGAAAGAGGAGCCCAGAUGUAGGAACUGGCAGGAGGAGAGGGGAAUAAAGUCCAUCUGUUGGAUUUGUACACACAUGUAAAACCGCCGGUCAGUUUGCAAAAGGCAGCUGUUUACCGCAAUGCUUUGCUUCACUUGUACCCAGCUUUACAAACCACGUCUAAUGCCCUAAUGGAGAUGCGAACAUGGUGUCUUAAAGUCUCUUCAGCAGCAGGUGUGGCUAACCCAAGCGCCUGCUAGUUCACAAGUGACAACAGCCAAUGUAACAGAGAGUCCUGUGGCACCUUUAAGACUAACCGAUAUAUUGGAACAUAAGCUUUCAUGGGUGAAUGCCCACUUUCACCCACGAAAGCUUGUGCUCCAAUACAUCGGUUAGUCUUAAAGGUGCCACAGGGACUCUCUGUUGCUUUUUACAGAUCCAGACUAACACGGCUGCCCCUCUGAUACUUAACAGCCAAUGUGUUUAUUUUCUACAAAAUACAGUGAAUAUAGCACAAGAACUUCCACCUCCUAAUGCAGGCUGUGCAUGAGAAUUCAGCCUGAGGCUGUGUGGUGGAAUUCCCCUCUUUGGGCUUGAUUCUACAAUCACUUACACCCUUUUUUUAACUCCACCGCAAGUCUGUUGUUUAGUGGGAUUGCCGCUGAUUUGCACUGUGGUACAUGAGAGGCGAAUUGGUCCCUUUAAUCCAUUCCACCUGUGUCUCAGGCCUUUGCUUUUCAUUUUAUUUGAUGUGCCAAAUUCUGUGAUGACUAUUCCAGCUCCCCCCCGGCAAGCCCGUAUGCAACUCCAAGGAGCUAAGAUUCUCCAUUCACAAGAGUAACUAUGUUGAAGUCAGAGGAGUUGCAUCAGUGUGAACUUGGCAUUAGUGACUGGAGACUCCAGUUUACUGGCUUCAUGGAGAAUUGCCCGAGGUAUAAAUCAGAUCAAAAUGUCACCCAGGUGACAGAUAAAUCAAAGACACGUGUGAUUUUUAGGACUAUUCACUGUUGACAAGUGUGAUGAAGAUUAGCACUUUGCCAGAAUCAGUGUAGGGUGAUAUUUACAUCCGAGGGAAACCUGAUAUGCUAGCAACAGUCAAGAGAUUCCACGUGUACGUAAAUUGAAAGUCACUUUUGGAGACAAGAAAACAGAUGGAGUGGAUCACUGGAGCGUAGCACUUUGAUAAUCCGUGUGGUCCGUGGCAGAGCCCUAGGGAAGAUCAAUGCUAAUUUCUUCAUGGUUUUCAUUUCCUUUAGGCAUGCAGAAAAUGAAGCCAUUAUGAAAAAUGUCAGGGAAUGGAAGAAUUGAUGCAAUAUGAGAGGUGGCCAUAGUGUUUGGGUGCAGGCGUUCAGAACCCAAAUAGCUCCUUUGCUCUCAUCCCCUUGCUGUUACAUCUGCUAGUCCUGGCUAUUGGUAGGAACAAGGGUUUUGGUUGGGGAAUGUCUCUUCUUCAUGCACCACCCUGCAUUUGCUAGUGAACAACGGGAGUUUUCCCAUGGAUUCAGUGAGUGCUCGAUCAAUUACAGAGCUAAGUACUGUGAAAGGUAAAUGCUCGUAAGUAAUGAAGGCAGGUGCAGAAAUCUGGAUCGAUUCAUUGGGGCGGGGGAGGGAGGCGCUAAAGCUGACAAAUAUUCAAUGGAUUUAUUCCCAGCAAACAGUCUGACCAGCACUGCCUACACAAUUGCUAUUUAAAUUAUUGUUUCCAAGCAUGGCUUGUGUCACAGCAACAGUUCUGAUUGAAAAAAUCCCCUCAUACCGCCUCAGGCCAUGGGCCUGGCUAGCAGAUGUAAUAGCAUUCAACUUGGGAGCUGGGAUCACGGGAUGUUCUGACUUCUAAAAAAACUGAAGAAGAGUAAAUGGCCUCUUGAGCGUUUGGUUCCCAUCCCACUCCACUCUCAAAGUGAACCUGGUUUUGUUUGCAUAGUCUCCAGUUUAAAAAGAAAAGAUGAUCUAUGGCUGGGGCCAGAAUGCAGCAGACAGGGAACAGGGGUUCUGUGGGUUGAUAUACUUGGAUAGGUCUUCACUGCAGAGUUCUCUCCGGUGGGAAAUGGUUUUCCCAUCCUGCCUAAAUGUUUUGAGAUUUCGAAAUGGUCCCUGUUCCGCAGUGUGAUGAAAUCGAAACCUUUUGGAAUUUGUCGUGGAAAACGAGAGAGAGAAACACCCAGAAUUGCCAAUAACCCACUCCUGGAAAUGGGUCUCCCCCAACCACCCCAGGACUGUGCCCUGAUCACCGGGCAGUUGGCUACUCUGGAGGAUAGGGGGAGUAGGUGUCUCUCUUAUUCUCUUGUGAGAAACCUUCCUGAAACUAACCCUUUCCUGGGAAAAAUUUCAAUUUUGAUGAACCAGCAUCUUCUGACCAAAAAACCCAAGUUUUUUCAAAAAAUUCCCAACCAGCUCCACUUGAAUUAUCUACACGCCAGGUGGCUCCUCUCGUGCGAGCCAAGCUUGAGUGAGAGCGGCCACACCACAAGGUAACACUCGAGCAGCCGUGUCCUCACUGGCGCUGCACUCACACGUGCGUGGCUCGAAGACUUCUGGGGAUAUUUAUCCCAUAAUGCCUUGAGCCUGCAGUAAGCAAAGCUGCUCUGACACUGAUUUCCUAGUGAAUUCUGGGAGAACGUCCUAUCUGGCCACACGUGGGGAAUUAGGGGAAGGCUCUGGAAGAGCGGAGGUUUGGGAGUGUCGGUAGCCUGCGUCCACACUACGGGGUGGUUGUGUUAGCAACUGAUGGGUUGUGCUCUCUCGAGAUGUAACCCAUAACCCCGGACAGGCCAGCCGAUGGCAGCAAAAUGCAGCGCCAUACGCCAGUGAAGGCCGACUGUGUGUGGCAGGGACUCGAGUUCGGGGCAACACUCAACUUAUCUUUGCAGGGAAGACAAACUCUUACGGUCUGAUGCUGUGGAAAUUAUUCACAAUCACACCAGGCGCCCAUUGAAAUCGGUGGGAAUUGAAGGGAAGAGAUUGGUUUACACUGAUGUCAGGGGAGUCACACCUGGUUUAAGUGAUGUCCAAAUCAGGCCCAAAGGCCAAGGUUUUCAGCAGUGUCUAGUAAUUUCAGGUGCCUGACCUGAGUUACCUUAAACGGGCCUGAUUUUCAACAAGAGCUGAGCUACCCUCCCACCCGCCCCCUGGAAAUCAGGCCCCCUUAAGGUGUCUCCAGCUGGGCAUUGAGGAUUGCUAAGAAUCUUGGCCUUUCGAGCUGGAUUCUGAAAUCACUUAUGCUGGUGUAAAACAGGGUUGCCGGGUUUGGUUGGACGUAUUCCUGAAGGUUUCAUCGCAUGGCAUCAUCUUUCAUUAAAGCGUCCUCUUUCGUUCCAGGAGCCUCCAAGACAGUCCCGGAGGAGGCCUGGCACCCCUCGUGUAAAACAAAAUGGGGUCCAGUGAGCUAACGUUAUAACCCGUGUGAGGCCCUUUGAGUUUAUUCGUGGAGGACGACUGUUUCCUAUAUAGCGAUCCAGAUCUUCUCCCUGUCCUUCCUGGGACCCACACUGACGCUAAUGUAGAGGUGUGACUAACUCACCGGUCAGUGAGAACUACAGAUCCCGCUCUGGGCCUGAUCCACAGAGGAUAUGUCCGUUACAACCCUAGCUAGGGAAUUUUAGCUCCAGUUGUAGCAGUUUCUGCUUUUAGCCUCUGUAGGUUCCCCGCUUCAGUCCCCAGAGUGCCAGCCAAGGUGGCAGCUAUCACAUCACUCUAGAAGAGGACGUGAUGAAUAGACAUGUGGGAGACUUGCAGUUGUAGUGAGAGGCGUGGAAACAGGAGCGAGACAGGGAGCGAGAUGGCUCCCGUUGGUUGGAUCUCGGCGCUGUUGUUGCAAAGGUGCCACAGAAGGAGGGACUGUGGCGUGACGUCUCCUGAGCCUAUCUCAGUUUCUUCAGGAUAGGAGCGUGUAGCCAUUUCCUGUCUGUGGUGUUGCUAAACAGCGGGUGUGUUUCAUCCCAGAAGAGGCUGCAUUUUGGGGGGUGGAUGUCCCAUCCUCAGCUACCUGCAUGUCACUUGUAUGUGUCCAAGGGCAGAAUUUGUCCACUGUUUGUACAAUGGGUUCGUGAAGUGCUUUGAGAUCUGGAUGGAUGGCCAGCACUGAAUCCUUGGGAUAGGAGGGGUUGCCAAGGGAAAGGGAAGUUUCAUUAUAUGGAGUGUUGAGGCCAUCCAUUAACUCGGAGCUACAGCUGCCCUCUUCGCCUCGGUUUUCCAGCCCAACGGUUGAGGCUGCUUCUUCUCAUCUUGAAGCUGAUGAAAAUGUUCUGAUCUAUCCGAAUGCCCAAUAAAGCCUUUGAAAGCCUUGCUGACUGCCGUGUCAUUCUGGCUACCAACCUGCUCUUGCCCAAGGCGAUUCUGCCUGGCGUUUGCAGGCAGGGCAUCGGUUAGGAAAACCCCUUUCCAAAAAUCACAGCCCCAUUGUUAGUGAAGAACCAAGGAUUCAGCAGCACAGCAGAGGGCACUCGAAUGCCUGAUCUCUGCGGUGCCGUACCGCAAAUGUGGCCGGCUGAAUUGGUUUGGUUUGAUUUCUUGUUUGAAUGUGAGUGUUAACGUUUGGCGUUCUGAGUGCCAAGCUCCCUCCCUCUUGCCAAAGGAUUUUAAUGUGUGUGUCCUAUCCAGCGCUGUAUUUGGGGCCAUUACACAGAGGAACUGUAAGUCCCUCUGUUUGUGUUACGUAAUAAUGUUGCUCAAUCAGUCAAUUCUGGGUGCUCCUCCAUUGCUUAUUCACUGAAAUCUGUUUUUAAUAGGCUCUCUCGUCUAUUAUUUGACAAAUGCUUCUGCAUCUCCUUCUCGGCUGCAGUAAGAGAUUUUAGGCCUCCCAAAGAAUGUCUAAAAUGCAGAAAGGGAAAAUUCUCUACGUGAAAGCGACAUCCAGAUCUGCCACCUGGCUCUUUCUUCACCAUCCCAUGAAUUAUUUAUUGUUAAUAACAAUAACAUCUGUUAGGGUUUUUUCCCCCUGCAACUUGCAUAUCUGUAUGCUGCAGAUCGGCCAUUAGCUUUAACUACUACCCACCAAUAAAGGGCAAAGCUAUUUCAUAGCGUUUGAAAAAUGACGAGCUUUCCAGACACGACGCAUUUAAAAAAAAAAAAUUCUGGCAGUUGCGAUCAAGCCAUGAGAGUUGGUAGAUGAUUUUACCCUCUUCCGUCUGAUAAUGAGCUACAAGCACAAUUCACUGUGUGUUUACUAGAUAUCCAUAGCAUUGGCCAGUGCAAGAAGGAUUGUGAAGUCCAGAGGUGGUUAGCCCAGUUGCAACUCCACUGGCUGAAUUGGAGUCACUUCUGAUUUGUAUUGGUGUAUGUGUGAAAAGCAGCCCAAUUUCAUUGUUUUCAUUUGAGUGAAACCGUUGGCAAACGGGCCAUUCCUUACUUAAAUAGUUCCAGAAACUUUUUGUUAAAUCGGUUUGCCUAAUUUAUGAAGACAAAUUAUUUUUAGGGAGGGAAAAAAAAAUCUGUUUUCUUAAUAAACAGGGUUACUAAAUACUUUCAAUAUUGGUUGAGCAAGGAAUACAGUUAUGGCAUAGUCCCAAUUUCAAAGAGGAGAGUAGUUUCAAAUUAACUGAAAGAAACACAAUGGGAAUGGGAAACAAUAUUUCAUUUCUCUUUGUAAAUUACACAGGAUCGAGUUAUUUUACUGGGUUCUUCCUAGUAACCAUGGUCCAUUCUUCAGCGCUGGUCAAUUUCAUCUGUUCAGCCACUUCCCUUCCCGCAUUGUUGGCUUGAGUGACCAACUGCAAGAAGUUGAUGCAAUGCAUCUGUAUUUGAGAUGAUCUCUAUUUAUUCAAAGUAACUUAUGUUAUUUAUUUAGAUACUGUAGUGUGCAGUCUACAUAAAGCAUUCUUUCUUUCUUUUUUUUAUUUAUUGAGCAAAAACGGUGCCAGUGCAGUUUACAUUUAUUACAUGUUACCAUUUAUUCUGAACAUUGAGUAAAAUGCAGUAUGAAAUAUUUUUUAAACAACCUAAAGCCAGGUGUGAUGCUGUUACAUACUUAAGGUGAAAAUAAAGUGAGGAUUGUAUUGA